ACCACCCACUCACCCAGUCCUGAUAAUCUCCCUCGCUACCGUCGGAGAAAAACCCUAAUUUCAUCUGGUAAUCCUUAGAAACCGUGUGGGCAACCUACAUUUUUUGAAGUUCAUAAGCGUCGUGAAAUACCCUUUUGAGCGAGAGCUAACAUGUGAGUUCUUGUUCUACAAAACUCGAGCUACAUUUCUCGAAGAAUCGGCGUAAAGCCCGUAGUUCUUCGCGUUGAUUUCAGUCUCAGGGUCUCUUUUCAUGGCAGCGUUUUCAUAUUUGAAAAGGGAUCUUGGGUACUCUCCGUACUUGAGAAACGCCGGAAAUUUCGUUGACGAUUUGGGUAUUGCGUUUCGGUUUUCGGGUUUGGCUUUUUCAUCUGUCGGAGAUGUGGAAACUCGUAAUGGGCAGAAGCAGGAUGGAUUGAAACUCGAUCCAGUGAGUGGGUUGCUGCAAAGGUAUGGAUUCACUUCAAAACAAAUGGCCAAAGUCUCAAAGUCUGUUCCAUUGGUAUAUUCAUUCAGUGUUGAGACACUUACUCCCAAGCUUCGAUUUCUACGGUCCAUACUGGGUUCGGAGAAUGAUGUCUGUAGAGUUGUGACUGCAAAUCCUAGAGUUCUUACUUCCAGUUUGAAGAACCAACUGGAGCCGAACUACGAGUUCAUCAAAUCCAUUAUUGAGCAGGAUGAUUUGAUUGCUAAAAGCAUUAAACGUUCAUCACGUAUCUUACACUUGGAACUCGAGGGAAAUUUGGCUGCUAAAGUUUCUUUCCUCCGAGGAAAUGGGGUCACCAAUUCUUCCAUUGCCAAAUUGAUGGUGGAUUCUCCAGGUAUACUUGCCCUGCCCUCUUCUAGACUUGAGGAGUUGUUGGAGAAAGCAAAGAGUUUCGGGUUUGAAUCCUCCCGACCCAUGAUUGUUCCUGCUGUAAGGGCGAUUAGUCAGAUUACUGAAUCAAAUUGGGAUCAGAAACUGGAGGUUUAUAAAAGAUGGGGUUGGUCGAAUGAUGAUUUUCUGACGGCUUUCAAGAGACAGCCUAACAUCAUGACUUUAUCAGAGGAGAAGAUAAGCAAGGGGAUGGAUGUGUUAUUGAAUAGAGUUGGUUUGAGCUCUUUGGAUAUUGUCAAAUACCCGAAUAUCUUGUUCUUCAAUCUGGAGGAGAGGAUCAUCCCUAGGUGUUCGGUUGUUGAUCUUUUGCAUUCGAAGGGUGUUCUAGGUGAAAGCCGUCCUAGCAUCUCUACUUACAUUGGGGCACUUAGAGUGAAAGAAGAAGCCUUCGUGAAAAGGUUUGUCGAUAGAUAUCCAGAGCAUGUUCUUGAACUUUGGCAAAAGUUUCGACUGAAAGCUCUGGUUUGAUUAGCAGAGAAGAGAUACGGGUACAAGAAUGGGCAAAUGCACAAAGAAUUUGGUGGGUAUUUAAAGCGACAAAACUGCCCGUCUUUCUGUCGAAGACUCCUUUCAGAUCUUCUGGGCAUUAUUCUUGCUUGAGACUAACCAUGUUUGUGUUGUUGCUCACACAGAUAGGUAGUAAGUAGUAGUAGUAAGCAACUAAGUCUGGCUAUUUAACUUGGUUUUGUCUUUUUGUAGUUUAGAAUCUGUCUAUGUUUGAUGUUCUUUUUUGUACAACCUGCGAUCUGUAACAGGAAAAUGCUGAUAAACAGAGAUGAUUCCCUUUGUAAA